AUGGCCACUAUGAACAGUCCCGGUGUCUCGCCGACUCGCGCGCAGCUCAAGGCCUACACCGCCGCGUUCGCGUCGCAUUACAUGAGAAAUCAGCCGCGCUAUCAACGCCUGCUCAUGCUCGGCUUCACGUCUUACGUCUGUUCGAACGUACGUCUACGACUUCCUCCUACCCUAGAAUUGGUCCCGCUAUACUGUGCAAUAAUUGUGUGGGACCGUCCAUUGAACGACAUUGUGUUCUACCACACAGACCUACAUGGGUGUCACCGGUCGCGGCGCUACGAAGAAGCCCCCACAACCCGGUUCAGCGGCCAAAGACCUGUCCAAAGAUGGAUCCGCCACGUCGACCUCGUCGAAAGGGCCGGCCCAUGACGUCGAGGACGACAAGGUAGCCGGUAGUCGACGAGGCAAGAAGAAACGAGGGCCUAGAGUUGAGGUUAGUCACGGGCGGUAGCGCCGGAGGCCUGGUCCAGGUCCAGACCCGAACGGCGCUCGACUAAGGCGCAUCGUCGCUUAUAAAGUGGAAAAGUUGAUCUUGUCCUCCUCAUAGGUCGAUGCUGUCUUCUUCGAGCGGCUGUCCAGGAUACUGCGCAUCGUGAUUCCGUCCAAGCGGUCCAAAGAAGCAUCGCUGCUCGUGAUCCAUUCGCUCUUUCUCGUCCUUCGAACACUGCUGUCGCUUUACGUCGCGUCGCUCGAUGGCAGUAUUGUUUCUGCGCUUGUCAGGGCCAAGCCGCGCGAGUUCUUGUAUCGCAUCUUCUUGUGGAUGGUCAGUACUGCAAAUCAGGCCAGCCCUUUCAUCUCGCCAUUGGACCUCUGCUUAUGCACCCGCAUCUUCUGGCAGGCCGUUGCAAUCCCCGCAACGUACACGAACUCGAUGUUGAGCUACAUGCAAAGCAAGCUCGGUAAUUCUCGACUUGUUAUCGCCUGUGGGUGCGAUCUGGGAGCAACGCUGACCGAAUAUCCUUCCCCGACAGCGAUCGCGUACCGCACUCGGCUGACCAAGCGUGUGCACGAAAUGUACCUCGAGGACACCACAUUCUACGCCCUGGGCAACCUGGACGACCGCAUCAAAAAUGCAGAUCAGCUCAUCACGGUCGACAUACAGAAGUUCUCAAACUCGCUGGCAGAGAUCUACUCCAACAUUGCCAAGCCGGUGCUCGACGUCAUCAUCUACAAUUAUCAGCUUUCGCGGAACGUUGGAGCCGAAGGGCUUAUUGGAUUGACCCUCAUCAUUCAACUGUCCGCCGCACUCUUGCGCUUCGCCACCCCUCCAUUCGGAAGGUACGCCGCCGAGGAGCAGCGACUGGAGGGUGAAUACCGAUUCGCCCACACACGCUUGCUCGAGAACGCCGAAGAGGUCGCUCUCUACCGCGGCUCGCUCGUCGAGAAGAACAUCAUCGAGCGCAGCUAUUUCGCUUUGAUCAAGCACGUCAAUCGGAUUUUCCGCAUGCGCAUGUUGCACGGGCUCGUGGAGGAGGGCAUCGUCAAGUGGGUGUGGGGCUCCCUCGGGCUGCUCAUCUGCGCGAUCCCCGUCUUUUUCAAGAUUCCAGGCGCUUCAGGUGGCGUGGAUUUCGGUGGUCGUACCGAAGGGUUCGUGACAAACCGUCGCCUCCUUUUGUCGGCCUCGGACGCGCUCGGCCGAUUGAUGUCGACCUAUCGCGAACUAUCGGAGCUGUCGGGCUACACCCAGCGCGUGUCUGAACUGCUCGAUACGAUGGAGGAGACCAAGCGGGGCAAGUUCCAGAAGAAGCUCGUCAGUAGCGCCGGUACAGAGGAAAAUGCGCGCGUCCUGCAAGGGCGAGGCACGUUCGUGCACUCGGACGACGAGAUCAUCUUUGAUAAGGUUCCCAUCGUCACACCGAAUGGCGACAUCCUCAUCAAGUCGCUGUCCUUCUACGUCAAACCAGGGGGUCAUUUGCUCGUUAUCGGUGGCAACGGUACCGGCAAGUCAUCCUUGUUCCGAAUUCUCGGUGGUUUGUGGCCCAUCUACGGAGGCACGGUCACCAAGCCGCCGGCGAGCGAGUUCACCUACAUCCCGCAGCGACCCUACCUUUCGCUCGGCACACUACGGGACCAGAUCAUCUACCCCCACUCACGCAGCAAGAUGAUCGAACGAGGCGUGACUGAUGCCGAUCUGAUGCGCAUCCUCGCCAAACUUGAGAUCGAUCACAUCGUCGAGCGCGAAGGUGGCUGGGACGUGCAAAGGGAAUGGAGGGACGCUCUUAGCGGUGGAGACAAGCAGCGCAUCGCCAUGGCCCGCUUGUUCUACCACUCUCCCAAAGUGAGCCGAAGCGGAUGCCGUAUCAAUAAGUGCACGAGUUGACACAUUGAUCCAAUCUACAGUACGCUAUCCUUGACGAAUGCACGAGCGCCGUCACCCUUGCCGUGGAGAAGACAUUUUACGAUGGUGCCACUGGUAGGCCCAGUUUCGAUUGCUGCUCGCGAAGACGAUGCAGCCACUGUGCUGACUGAGCGUCAUCAUUGCCGUUGACUUGUUGCAGAGCUCGGCAUUACACUCUUGACCGUGUCGCAUCGACCUUCGCUGUGGAAGUACCAUAAAUACAUCUUACAGUACGAUGGGCAAGGCGGAUAUGCUUUCUGCCCCCUCGACGCCGAGAAGAGGCUCGCGUUGCAAGAAGUAAGCCCUUUCCGAGGUUGACCCACUGAUUGAGACUAGGAACCGCACCCUGAUCAGAACUUCUUGAUCGUACGCCUAAACAGGAGAAGCAGGUGCUCGAGCAGAAGCUAUUGGAAGUGCCACAAUUGCAAGCGAGGUUGGAGGAGAUGACGAGGGAACGAGCUGAGCGCGAGAAGCGGAAGGACUCUAUCUAA